AUGUUGAGAAACUCGCUCUGUAGAGCCAGCUCUCAGCUGCUCCGCGGCGCCCGCGUCUCGCCCGCCGUCUCCUCGCUCUCGACUGCUUGCACUCGUCCUUCAUCAUGGAAGGUCGCCGCCGCUCGCCGCUCGCUGGCCCUCACGGCUCGUCGCACCUAUGCGACGACCGACGCCUCCCACUCGGCCCCCGACCCCAACGACAACUUCCUCACCGGAAGCACUGCCAAUUACAUUGACGAGAUGUAUAUGCAGUGGAAAAAGGACCCCGAGAGUGUUCACGUCUCAUGGCAAAUCUACUUCAAGAACAUGGAGAGCGGCGACAUGCCCAUCUCCCAGGCCUUUCAGCCUCCCCCUAACCUGGUGCCCAACAUGACCGGUGGCGUACCUCGCCUUGGUGGUGGUCUCGCCAUGGAGGACGGCUCUGAUGUCACCAACCACUUGAUGGUCCAGCUUCUUGUGCGUGCCUACCAGGCUCGUGGCCACCACAAGGCCAACAUCGACCCCCUGGGCAUCAGAAACACCGCCGAAGGCUUCGGUAACAUCAAACCUAAGGAGUUGACUCUCGAUUUCUACGGCUUCACUGAGAAGGACCUGGAUACUGAAUAUACCCUGGGCCCUGGUAUCCUGCCCCGUUUCAAGCGCGAGGGUCGCGAGAAGAUGACUCUUCGCGAGAUCGUCGCCGCCUGCGAAAAGAUCUACUCUGGCUCCUACGGUGUCGAGUUCAUCCACAUUCCCGACCGCGAAAAAUGCGACUGGCUCCGCGAGCGUCUCGAGGUGCCCCAGCCCUUCAAGUACUCCAUUGACGAGAAGCGCCGUAUCCUCGACCGACUUAUCUGGAGCUCCAGCUUCGAAUCUUUCCUCAUGACGAAAUACCCCAACGACAAGCGUUUCGGUCUCGAGGGUUGCGAGACCCUCGUCCCCGGUAUGAAGGCCCUCAUCGACCGUAGUGUCGACUACGGCGUCAAGGACAUUGUCAUUGGUAUGCCCCACAGAGGCCGUCUCAAUGUACUCUCGAACGUCGUCCGCAAGCCCAACGAGUCCAUCUUCAGCGAGUUUGCUGGUACUGACACAGCUGAGGAGGGCUCUGGUGACGUAAAGUACCAUCUUGGUAUGAACUUCGAGCGUCCUACUCCCUCGGGCAAGCGCGUCCAGCUUUCUCUUGUCGCCAAUCCUUCUCACCUGGAAGCUGAGGACCCUGUGGUCCUUGGCAAGACCCGUGCUAUCCAGCACUACAACAACGACGAGAAGGCCCACCGCACUGCCAUGAGCGUUCUCCUGCACGGUGAUGCCGCUUUCGCUGCCCAGGGUAUCGUCUACGAGUGCCUUGGCUUCCACUCUCUGCCCGCCUUCUCCACUGGUGGUACCAUCCACUUGGUUGUCAACAACCAGAUUGGUUUCACCACUGACCCUCGUUUCGCUCGUUCCACUGCUUACUGCACUGACAUCGCCAAGGCAAUUGACGCCCCCGUCUUCCACGUCAAUGCUGACGAUGUCGAGGCCGUCAACUUCGUCUGCCAGCUUGCUGCCGACUGGCGCGCCGAGUUCCAACACGAUGUCGUCAUUGACCUAAUCUGCUACCGCAAGCACGGCCACAACGAGACUGACCAGCCCUCGUUCACGCAACCCCUCAUGUACAAGCGCAUCAACUCUCAGGUUCCUCAGAUCGAUGUCUACGUUGACAAGCUGCUGAAAGAAGGCACCUUCACUAAGGAAGAUAUCGAGGAGCACAAGCAGUGGGUCUGGGGCAUGCUCGAGGAGAGCUUCUCCAAGUCCAAGGACUACACCCCCACGUCCAAGGAAUGGACCACAUCCGCCUGGAACGGCUUCAAGUCUCCCAAGGAGCUGGCUACCGAGAUCCUUCCCCACAACCCCACCAACGUUGACAAAAAGACUAUUGAGCACAUUGGUGAGAUCAUUGGCUCCGCUCCCGAGGGCUUCACCGUGCACCGCAACUUGAAGCGCAUUCUCAACAACCGUACCAAGUCUGUUGUCGAGGGCAAGAACAUUGACUUUCCCACUGCCGAGGCUCUGGCCUUUGGCACUCUCGUCACUGACGGUUACCACGUUCGUGUUUCCGGCCAAGAUGUCGAGCGUGGUACCUUUUCUCAGCGUCACGCCGUCUUUCACGACCAGGAGAAUGAGGCUACCUACACACCUCUCCAGCACAUUAGCAAGGACCAGGGCAAGUUUGUCAUCUCCAACUCUUCUCUGAGUGAGUUUGGUGCUCUUGGUUUCGAGUAUGGCUACUCCCUGUCAUCUCCCAACGCUCUUGUCAUGUGGGAAGCCCAGUUUGGUGACUUCGCCAACAACGCUCAGUGUAUCAUUGACCAGUUCAUCGCCUCCGGUGAGGUCAAGUGGAUGCAGCGCAGCGGUCUCGUCAUGUCUCUGCCUCACGGGUAUGACGGACAGGGUCCUGAGCAUUCCUCUGCCCGUAUCGAGCGCUAUCUUCAGCUUGCCAACGAGGACCCCCGUGUCUUCCCUAGCGAGGAGAAGCUUGCUCGCCAGCACCAGGACUGCAACAUGCAGAUUGCUUACAUGACGACCCCUGCAAACUUGUUCCACGCUCUGCGUCGCCAGAUGGAGCGCCAGUUCCGCAAGCCUCUCAUCAUUUUCUUCUCCAAAUCCCUCCUCCGUCAUCCUCUCGCCCGCUCAAGCCUCGAGGAAUUCACUGCUGAGGAUGCUGGUUUCCAGUGGAUCAUCCCCGACCCUGAGCACCAGACUGGCACCAUCAAGUCUCCUGAGGAGGUUGAUCGUGUCAUUCUCUGCACUGGUCAGGUCUGGGCUGCUCUGCACAAGUACCGUGCCGACAACAAGAUCGACAACGUUGCAUUUACCCGCAUCGAGCAGAUGAACCCCUUCCCCUGGCAACAGCUGAAGGAGAACCUCGACAUGUACCCCAACGCGAAGACCAUCGUCUGGGCCCAGGAGGAGCCUCUCAACGCCGGUGCCUGGAGCUUCAUGCAACCCCGCAUUGAGACUCUGCUCAACCAGACCAAGUACCACGACCGCAAACACGUCAUGUACGCUGGCCGUAGCCCUAGCGCGUCCGUUGCUACUGGUUUGAAACACGUCCACAGCAAGGAAGAGAAGGACCUGCUCGAGAAGGCCUUUACUGUCAAGCAGGACAAGCUCAAGGGCGAGUAA